AUGGUGGCCAGCGACUUUACCGCUCUCCUCCCAAGGUUGAAGAGGGAAGAAUGCAAGCGCACAAAGCACGACUCCCAUUUCUCCAACUGGAAGGUUCUUGUGGGGCCCUCUGACUGGGAGGACUAUUGGUUAGGCAAGGAAGGAGCUGAAAGGUACAGAGUUUAUAACCUGCCUAGAGAUGAGAGUCCGGGAGUGUAUGAACUCGGGGUUGCUGUUUCGCGGAGUGGUUUGGGCCGUGGGGUUGAAGCGGAUAGGAUAGUCCCGGUUUAUCUUGGACAAGCUGAUAGUGUGAGGACCAGGCUUCAGCAGUAUGGCCGGACAGGGGCUCAUUUGGGGAAGUGCUGCUCGAGUGAGCGGAUUCGAAAGGGGCCUGGGUUGUUUGAGGAGAUGCUGGGGAGAGGUUACCCCAUUGUGUAUAGAUGGGCUCCUAUGGAAACCAAGAGCAACGCGCUGAAAACAGAAAGUCAGCUGCUUAACACAUUUGAUUAUGCUUGGAACACAAGCAUCAAUGGUGCACGGCGCCCUGAUGAUGUCCUUCAGAGACUCAAGAAAAUUUCUUCAAAACCUACGCGAUUUACUAAUAUUGUUCAGAGGCUUCUACCUUUCAGCCAGAAGCAAGUCGGUAUUAGAAUCAACUCCAGCAAACUGGUGUCAAAAGAGGAAAAGUUCAGUGGCUAUGCUGAUAGGGAGAACCUGAAUCUCAUAGCCCAAGUUUUCAAGUUCGGCAGAUCACAGCCUAGGUUAGUUGUGGAUAGAAGUGGGAUUAGUCAGGAAAAUACUAUAGUUUGUGGGGUGGCUGUCGGUGAUGGAACCCUAUGUAGAAAGGCACCAGUUCAAGGAAGAAAGAGGUGUGCUGAACACAAAGGGAUGAGGAUUACAGUAAAGAUAUCAAAUAGCAAUAUCGGUUCAAAAUGCAGUGUUAUCAGCAACAGAGAAUUUGUUUCGGAUGAAAGUGGCAUUACUCAGGAAAAUACUAUAAUUUGUGGGGUGGCUGUUGGUGAUGGCUCUAUAUGUAGAACACCACCAGUUCAUGGAAGAAAGAGGUGUGCUGAACACAAAGGGAUGAGGAUUAAAGAGUCAAUUACAGUUAGAGUAUCAGAGAAGUACGUGGACUCAAAAUUCAGCAACAAAGAGCUUGAUAGUCAUGAUGCAUCAAAUGUGAAAUAUGAACAGGUAAAGCUUCCACCAGUUCAUGUUUGUGAGAGCUCUACAUCGAUCUGUGGAUUCAUCUUGGCCGAUGGCUCUCCUUGUAGAACAGAACCAAUUCAACGAAAAAAAGGUGUGAUAAGCACAAAGGGAGAAGGAUCCAGAAAUCCAACUCAACGUCAGUGA